AUGGCACCAGUAAUGUCAGACUACGAACAAAUCCAGAACGUCGUCUCUCUCUACUGUCGAUGCCAGGAUACAAGAAACUGGGCGCGCAUGAGUCAGGUCUUUACGCCAGACGCAAUCUGCGACUAUCCCAGCCCUCCCCUUGCGAGGUUUGAGAAUCUCAAAGACCUGGGAGAACAAAUGGGGGCUUUGCUCAAGGAUUUGAAAACGCUGCACAACAUCACCUCCCAUUAUAUCGAGUUCACCAGCGACACCACCGCCCGCUCCGAGGCAUACACAGUCGCUUACCACUGGGGAACCGGUGACACGGAGGGUCAGUGCUGUGUCGCCACGGCCAUCGCUACGGACGAGUUUGUCAAAGACGUCUUUGACGGCAAGGAGUGUUGGAGGAUCAAGUUUCGCAAAUUCGUCGUCCCUGCUCCCCCGGUGGGAGAUUUCGGUCUCCUUUUCCCGACAGGAGACACUACCAUGCCGAAGGAAUUUUUGGUGUCUCAGUAG